GUUCCUCCUGUUCUUGGCGCUAUGUGGCCUUCGCAGUCCCUUCUCUCUUCGGAUCUCUACAACAAGGCGGGCCCUUCCACUCCCCCCACGCCCGAUGCGCGCCACCAGGCAGAGCGCGGGUACCUGCGCGCAGAGGCCAUCGGCCGUGCAUAUGGCAUGACGAUUGAGGACGUCGCGACAUGUUCCAACAAGUUCUGGGACAUGCACAAGGACCCCGUCCUUGCGCUCGACGCCUCCGCGCUGACCAUCAUGACCAUCCACUACAACCUGUGUAUGGGCACCAUCUCCUCCUUCCUCCCCCAACGGCCAGACCUGCGGCCAUUACUCAAAAGCCUAUCAGAGUUCAAAACUCUUGGGCAAUUUUGUCUGACCGAGGUGGGCCACGGCCUAGACGCGUACAACCUGGGCACGACAGCCACGCUGCUUCCUAACGGAAACUUCGAGCUGAACUCUCCGACGGCUGAAGAUGCGAAAUGCAUGCCGCCUACUUCGCCCGUGCUCGGGCGACCCUGCGUCGCCGUUGUCUUUGCCCAGCUGGUUGUCGGCGGCGAGCGUCGCGGCAUCCGUCCGUUCAUUGUCCGCAUGAAUGACGGUUACUACAUGUCCAAGGGCAUCACCGCACGGGAGUUCCCGACACGGCACGGCGCCGCCCCCGUCCCGCACUGCAUCACGUCCUUCAACCGCGUGCAGCUCCCCCCGAGUGCGCUCCUCGGCAAACUCUCCGUGUCCGUCGACCCGCACUCGGACUUCCUCAGCGCCAUCGGGCGCAUCGGCGUCGGCACGCUCUGCCUCUCCUCCACCGCCGUGCCCUACCUCCAGGUCGCCUCCACCGUCGCGUACAAGUACAGCCUUCGGCGGCACGUCGGCUCCCCAGCUGGCAAGCGCGUCCCCAUCCUCUCCUUCCAGACCCAGGAGCUCCCCGUCUACACUGCCGUCGCGCAGUCGUACGUGCUCGACGCGCUCAGCCGGUAUUCGGUGAAGCACUUCCAAGAUCCUUCGCUCGACCCCCGCGCCCGGCAUGGCGUCGCGACAUGCCUCAAGGCCGCGAUGAUGUCGCAUGCCCAGGCGUCGCACUACGAGCUCUCGGAACGCUGCGGCGCACAGGGGCUCUUCGGCCACAACCAGAUCAUCCAGCAGCUCGCCGAGCUGCGCGGGAUGUGCAUCGCCGAGGGCGACACCCUCGUGCUCUCCAUCCGUCUCGCCAACGAGCUCAUCCUCGAGCGCUACGCCCUCCCCGCACCCCGCGACCCGACCAGCCUGCUCGCCAAGCAUGAAGCCGCCGUCUUCGCCGAGUACAAAGACCUCGCGCGGCGCGUCGGCCACCGCUCCCCCGAGUUCUCCUCGCUUGUGCUCACCCGCUGCCGCGCGAUGGUUGAGGCCAUCUCGCACCGGAUGGCGUACGAGGCCGCCCUCGCCGACCGCGUCCCGCAGACGCUCGUCGAUCUCUACGUUUCGCAAUGCGUCAAGGCCGACCUCGCCUGGUACGUCGAAGCCGGACUCGUCACCCGCGACGGUGCAGCAAGGAUGGAAGCCGCCGCGCUCGAAGCUGCACGGCCGAACAUGGCGCAAUGGGUCGAGGGCAUGGGCGUCGGUGCGUACGUCUGCGCGCCGAUCACGGACGACCGACUCUGGGCCGAGUUCGUGCAGUCCCUGCCGGUUCACCGUCCUCGCAGCGACAUCAUCGAGCAGACCGGCAUCGUGGAGGACCACCAUCACGACCACCACCAUAGGAUCCAGGCGCACCUGUGAUCCGAGACCCCUCACCCCCCAUUUGCGUCCUGUGCAUAUUUCCUCGCUCUUUAUCACCCCACACGGAUCGUCGCCCCCACAUUUUCGUUCCUCGCGCGACUCCGUGGGUAACAACCCUUUUUUGUCUCGUCUCUUCUGCUUCGCGUCGUGUUUUCGUAUUCUCCGUCAUCCCCUCCCUACUCUCCUUCGUCUUCGCAGUCGACUCACAAUUUCUCUCUUGACUACUAAACUCACAUCGCUAUCCUCUCUUUGGUUAUCGUCUAUCCAUCCCUACUUUGAACACUCGCACUAAAUUUAGCGUAUACGCCUUUUGGAGGAGCGUCGUCCCCCC